CAACCAGAAGACCGGAACAGUACAAUUAAAGAAAAUCGAACCGAAAAUACACAAUGGCAGAUGCAGGAGAUCGCACGAUGUCAAGUAUAGCCAGUAUAGCCAAAGCCCAAAAAUCCCGCGAUCUUGUCACCUGCACCAUCCGGGCACCGCGCUUCUCUUACGUGCAUCUGGAGAACCUCACGCAACGCUCUGAGCCAGCCGCGUUGGACCCGAUCCAGAUCCGCUCCUAUUGCACAGCAGCUUUGAAGCAAUUUCUCGGAAUUACAGGGACUUCGAUAUCUCUCGACUUCCUAAAGGUUGAUGGCGCCGAAUGCUGGCUGAGACUGCCCCGAGACGACCUUAGUGCCUUCUCAGCUGCCAUUACGGCAUGGCAAGGUACUUAUGAGAAUGGAGUACAUGCUACGCUACAUGUCAAAGGAUGUUCGAACUGGCUUGGGACUCUGAUUGAUCGGAAUGACGAAGACAGGCUUUGGAAGGGUUGAAAGUAGACCAGCUCAAAUUCAGGGAGCAAGUCAAAAUGAGCAAGCAGUCCUCCGCGCACAUCAUGAACCGAAGAUGCAGCUGUGAGAUUAAAUCGUGUAACAUACCAUUGGCUUG